AGCACUAAAACACUAUCCUGUUAGAUUGCCCCGUCAACGGGUUGUGCCAAAGCUGUGUUCACCGCGUCUCGUUUCCUCUCCACAAUACGAACACGGACGAAAAGAACACCAUGUUAUCCAGAUUUAAAGACGCCACAUUUCAGCAGUGAAAAGAGGAGGUAGAGACAGAGGGGAGUGAAUUAACAAAAUAGGUUAGAAAGGGACCCAGAGAAGAGAGAAUCCCACCGACCAUCUGCGUGAGGCGAGAGAGAGGAGGCCAACCGGAGAGCAGCAGCCGACUGCCCUGUGGAAUAACCUACGGUUUCCGUUGAUUUGAAACGAGAAUUUUGAUUUGUAUUUAUUAUUCUGUGAGACAUAUUACUAAAUUCCAACAAAAUGUCAUCUUCUGGCAAAGACAACAGCGCACACUAUAUGAACUAUGUGGGACCUUAUCGUUUGGAAAAGACCCUCGGCAAAGGACAGACAGGCCUGGUGAAGCUGGGAAUCCACUGUGUCACGUGUCAGAAAGUGGCCAUCAAGAUCGUCAACAGAGAGAAACUCAGCGAGUCUGUCCUCAUGAAGGUGGAGCGAGAGAUAGCCAUUCUGAAGCUCAUAGAGCACCCUCACGUUUUAAAGUUGCACGACGUCUACGAAAACAAGAAAUAUUUGUAUCUGGUGCUAGAGCACGUGUCAGGCGGAGAGCUGUUUGACUACCUGGUCAAGAAGGGAAGGUUAACGCCCAAGGAGGCCAGGAAGUUCUUCAGACAGAUCAUCUCAGCUCUGGAUUUCUGCCACAGUCACUCCAUAUGUCACAGAGAUCUGAAGCCAGAGAACCUGUUGUUAGAUGAGAAGAACAACAUCAGGAUAGCAGACUUUGGCAUGGCGUCUCUGCAGGUCGGGGAUAGUCUGCUGGAGACCAGCUGCGGAUCUCCUCACUAUGCCUGCCCAGAGGUCAUAAGGGGGGAGAAGUACGAUGGGAGGAAAGCAGACGUGUGGAGCUGUGGGGUCAUCCUCUUUGCACUUUUAGUGGGUGCCCUGCCAUUUGACGAUGACAACCUGAGAAACCUGCUGGAGAAGGUGAAGUUGGGUGUCUUCCACAUGCCCCACUUCAUCCCCCCAGACUGUCAGAACCUUCUUCGGGGCAUGAUCGAGGUGGAUGCCGCUAAGAGACUCACGUUAGAGCAGAUCCAGAAGCACAACUGGUACAUAGCUGGGAAGAACGAGCCUGAGCCGGAGCAGCCUGUCCCUAGGAAGGUGGCCAUCAGAACCCUGAGCACUGAAGAGAUAGACCCGGACGUCCUGGAGAGCAUGCACUCUCUGGGUUGCUUCAGAGACAAGGGCAAACUCACCAAAGACCUGCUCUCUGACGAUGAUAACCAGGAGAAGAUGAUCUACUUCCUGUUGCUGGACCGGAAGGAGAGGUACCCCAGUCAGGAGGACCAGAACCUCCCUCCGCGCAGUGAGAUAGCUGACCCGCCCAGGAAGCGCGUGGACUCCCCCAUGUUGAACCGCCAUGGGAAGAGGAGGCCGGAGAGGAAGUCUAUGGAGGUGCUGAGUGUCACAGAGGGGGGCUCUCCUGUACCCGUACGACGAGCCAUCGACAUGGCCACACAUGGACAGAGUAAGUCUGUUUUCAGUAAAAGCUUGGAUAUCACAAACGCUAACUUCACCAAAGAAGAAAGGUCACGGUCUAUCAGUGGAGCGUCCUCCGGUCUCUCCACUAGUCCUCUCAGCAGUCCCAGGCCGGUCCGGCGCUUCUUUAUCCCGCCCCAGUCGCCGGACCUCUGUCAGUCGCCCAACUGUAGCCCCACCCAUUCCCCAGAGUCCCGCCUUAACCAUAACGGGGUAGGGGGGGCAAAUCGCGUGCACCCACACCCGCUCCCCAACUCCUACACGCCAAAGAUGGGGUCCCCCCUGAUGCACCCCCGCACACAGACCCUCCCCGCCAAGCCCAAAGUGUCUGAGAAGCCCCUUCAGACCACCAGGUCCAACCCUCUUCCCAACUUGGCUGACAGCCCAACCACCCCCAAGUCGGAGCCCACCUCCCCCUCAUCCCCCAUGGGCAGCCCCCCCUGCGUCCCCAACAGCCCGCGGCCACGCCGGCACCCGCCCCUCACCGUGCCCCCUAAGCUCUCCAUCCCCCUGUCCCCGAUGCCCCCCAUGACCCCCCUUCGCCGGCACCGCCUCCACCCUGACCACAACGGUCACAAAUCUGUCCCCACCAUACAGGUGACUCCGCACCCCUCUCCGCUGGGGAGCCCCCUCCCCACCCCCAAGGGCACUCCGGUGCACACACCCAAGGAUAGCCCGGCAGGCACCCCCAGCCCCACGCCGCCCCCCAGCCCCUCCAUCGGCGGACUGCCCUGGAGGACACGUCUCAACUCUAUCAAGAACAGCUUCCUGGGCUCGCCGCGCUUCCAUCGCAGGAAAAUGCAAGUCCCCACCCAGGAGGACAUGUCCAGCCUCACGCCAGACUCUUCACCAGAGCUUGCCAAGAAGUCAUGGUUUGGUAACUUCAUCAACCUGGAGAAAGAGGAGCAGAUCUUUGUGGUGAUCAGAGACAAGCCUCUCAGCUCCAUCAAAGCAGACAUCGUUCACGCCUUCCUCUCUAUCCCCAGUCUCAGCCACAGUGUGAUCAGUCAGACUAGUUUCCGGGCGGAGUAUAAGUCCACAGCCGGACCUACAGUAUUUCAGAAGCCGGUCAAGUUCCAGGUGGACAUCACCUACACAGAGAGCACCGCCGCCACCAAAGAGAACGGCAUCUAUUCGGUCACCUUCACCCUGCUCUCAGGUCCCAGCCGCCGUUUCAAGCGUGUGGUUGAGACCAUUCAGGCUCAGUUGAUGAGCUCACAUGACCAGCCCGGGGUCCAGCAGAUCUCUGGCAGCCCGUUGAGUAACUUCUUUGACGUAAUUAAACAACUUUUUUCAGACGAGAAGAGCAGCCAGGCGUCGCACAACGCCCCUGGCACGCCCGGCACAGCUAGCCCCGCCCCUGCCAAGCAUGCCCCCGGCAGCAGGCGAAAUGAGUCAUGUCCCCUGCCCACUCAGCCCCAGCCCACCCAGCCCACUGACUCUAAAUGCCCCCCGCCUCCGGGCAAAGACAAACAAACAAAGAUGGCCGCCGUCAGCCGGACUGGGGAACAACCUUAAGACCGGAGAGAAGUAGCUAGCUCUCUGUUGCAUGACUAGAUAAUAACCACCUGUUAUCAGGUCGUUCAAAACCCAAUACAAAGCCCACAAGAGUGUGUGAGAGAUGAGAAAUGAAAUGAGAGAUGCUGCUGGUUUCUUUGCUUUAGUCAGUAGGCUUAGUGUGUUUGUGUCUUGAAAAAAAUCAACUUUUGAUUAUCGCCGAGAUGAUAAACUUUUGUACUGUGUAAUAAUGGAAUGACUACAAUUUUAGUUUAGCAAUCGACCAUUGAUCAGUAUUUGACAAUAUUAAGUACCACAUGUAGCCAUGUUUCUUUUCUGUUCCUCUAUCCUCUCGUCCCGUUCCCACGCCGUGGGGUGUGUGUGUCGGUGUGUGUGUGUGUCUCCUCUGCUCUGUGAUGAUGGCUUGACCUUGUCUCUACCACCAGGGAUCAUCACUAAAACCUAUUAGAGAAACAAGAUGGAGGGCAGUGUGUGUGUCCCAACCUGGGGCACUUUGUCAACAACGGGAGUAAGUGAGCCAGAGGCGGAGGACAAGAGAAAGACUUCACAUACUUCACACUGCUGUCCCCCUCCUCCCCAUGCACCCCUCCUGCUUUCCACCUGCGCGCACACACACACACACACACACACACACACACACACACACACACACACACACACACACACACACACACAUACACUAAACAUUAGAGUACUAGAGACUCUCUCAUCAUCGUGACAGACACCCAGAGACAUAUUAGCCGAAGAGUUGGAGAAAAGCCUUAAAAAGACAAUGAUGUUUGUCAAACCUAUACUACACACAUCCUCUCUCCUCCUUUCUCUCCUCCUUGUCUAUCCUCCUAUACACACACACACACACGCACACACACCUGGGGGAUGUAAGGACUUGCGCACAAAGACGAAUGGAAGUAGAACCACUGGCUCCUAUGAAAGUUGGAGAGAGGUGGCGCGACUCUUGGAAGUUGGAUGGACGUUGGCUGAACGUUGGCUAAACGUUGGCUGGAUUGUAAUUCUUUUUAAUGUAGUCCUUCUUUGUGAACUACAGGAUUUUAACACUUUAGACUUCUUCAGACUCUGUGUCAUUGCUGUAAAUGAAAUGAAAUUGAGUUAAUUAACUUUGGGUGGGCAAUGGGGAGGGAGGGGUACACAAAUGAAUGAUCUAUUCUGUUGUACAGACUAACUAUGUUCCCAUAUGUACAACGUUUGUGUAGUUGUGACAUUAUGUUUAGCUAAGAAUUGUGUUAACUUAUCACUAUAUUUUUGUGUUUUCUACUUGUUCGACCUGUUUUAUCGAUUAAAUGUAUUUUAUUUUCGGUUCCCUUUUGAGGGAUGAAUCAUUUCAGGGUUUUUAUUUUCUUCCAUUUUGUUUUGCCCGUGUUCUUUUGAAAUAUCUGCAGGAUUCAGACAACAGUGGACAUAAUUAUUGUGUAUAUUUGUUUCCCUUAUUGUCUUUUUUUGUCAUGUUUGUUUUAAUUUAUUCUGGGUUAUUUAUAUAAAUGAUGGAGAAAAUGUACUAGAUAAUUUAAAGAUUGUUUUUUUUGUCAUGUUUAAUUUAUUGAUCAUUGAGAAUUCACUAAAUGUUUUUGUGAACAUUCAUUUUUUUUUCCAGCUUUGGAUGAGAAAGCUUGUAAUAUAUACAUUUGGCAAAUGAUUUACGGUAAUUUAAGAAUGUAGAUUAGUCUCUUUGAGAGGAACGAGCCCUCUGUUGAUAAUAAUUGUGCGUUCCUUCUCGUUGUGUGUGUACGACGACAAAGGCAACCCUCCAGCCACUUGCCUUGUAAAUACAAAAAAGAUUGCAAACAAACUUAUUUAAAAAACCAAGGGGAUUCCUACUCUUAGCUUUGACCUUGUAUUGUCGUUUGCAUGUCCAACAUUUGUCUUUUCUUUGCAUGUUGUUGUUGGAAUUGUUCUGUCCCUUUUCCCUCUUUCCCCCCUUCUUUCUGUCUUUCUUUCUUUCUUUCUUUCUUUCCAGUCUCUAAAUUUGUUUCUCUUAUUUUUAUUUUCUCUCACCACUUCGGUUGUUUGUUCGUCUUUGCGUUCUUUCUCGCAACCUCCCUUCUCCUUCCUUAUACUACUGUGCACAUUUACUGUGCAAUGCAUCCUCUGCACACACACACACACAGUUACACACACACACACACACACACACACACACACACACACACACACACCGUUUCUCUCAAAGAGAGACCUGAUACUCUGGUCACGAACUCUGUCUGGGGUGGGAAUUGGUAUCAGAGAGAUAAAAAUAAAGCAAUACCUAUUAGUGUUAUUCUUUCUAUUUUGUACUAUUGGGUAGCCAGGCCACACAGGACGAUGGACAUACAGUAGAACACAACACCAGGAGCGCUGGUAUUUAGCAGGAAACCACUGGCAAUGUAUCCCCUUGUGACAUAACUGUGAACAACUUCAGUGCAAAAGGAAAUAAAUCUGUUGACUUUGGAA